AUGCGGAGACUGCACAAUAAACAUGCUCCAUCAGCUCUGAAGGAAAUCAUUGUCAGAUCAGGGACUCCUUGGUAUAAUGAGCAGGUUCUCUUAGCCAAGCGGAAACGCAGAGCUGCAGAGAGAAAAUGGCGGAAGAGUCGCCUUGAAAUUCACCGUCAGUUGUAUAAGUCUGAGCGGAACUCUUGUGCUAGGGCUCUUAGAGGAGCCAAAUCCAGUUACUGUACCAAGAAACUCUCUGACAAUGUGAAAAAUCCUUCCUUCUAUCACAAAUUCAUGGGAUCUCUACUUGGCAAGAAGAAUGAUACCCCAUUACCACCGUCCACUAAUGACAAGGAUCUUGCUGACAAUUUUUCAGCCUACUUCUCAACGGCGUUCGACACGGUCAACCAUCAGAAGCUCCUUAGCCGUCUUCAGGAUGACUAUAACAUACAAGGGGAUGCAUUGGCCUGGUUCCGUUCCUAUCUGAGCAUGAGGAGUCACUCACCCAGCUCACCUAGGUCACCUAGCUCACCAAGCUCACCUAGGUCACCUAGCUCACCUAGGUCACCUAGCUCCCCUAGCUCACCCAGCUCACCUAGCUCAUCUAGGUCACCUAGCUCCCCUGGCUCCCCUAGCUCCCCUAGCUCACCCAGCUCACCCAGCUCCCCUAGCUCUCCUAGCUCACCAAGCUCUCCUAGCUCACCUAGCUCACCUAGCUCACCAAGCUCACCUAGGUCACCUAGCUCACCUAGGUCACCUAGCUCCCCUAGCUCACCCAGCUCACCUAGCUCAUCUAGGUCACCUAGCUCCCCUAGCUCCCCUAGCUCCCCUAGCUCACCCAGCUCACCUAGGUCACCUAGCUCCCCUAGCUCCCCUAGCUCACCUAGCUCACCUAGCUCACCUAGCUCACCAAGCUCACCUAGCUCACAAGCUCUCCUGGCUCACCUAACUAACCUAGCUCCCCUAGCUCUCCUAGCUCACCAAGCUCUCCUAGCUCACCUAGCUCACCAAGCUCACCAAGCUCUCCUAGCUCACCUAGCUUACCUAGCUCACCAAGCUCACCAAGCUCUCCUAGCUCACCUAGCUAACCUAACUAACCUAGCUCCCCUAGCUCUCCUAGCUCACCAAGGCUCUCCUAGCUCCCCAAGCUCCCCCAGGUCACCUAGCUCACCUAGCUCCCGUAGUUCACCUAGCUCCCCUAGCUCCCCAAGCUCCCCUAGCUCCCCUAGCUCCCCUAGCAAACCUAGCUCACCUAGCUCACCUAGCUCACCAAGCUCCCCCAGCUCCCCUAGCUCUCCUAGCUCACCAAGCUCACCUAGCUCCCCAAGCUCCCCCAGGUCACCUAGCUCACCUAGCUCACCUAGUUCACCUAGCUCCCCUAGCUCACCAAGCUCCCCUAGCUCCCCUAGCUCCCCUAGCAAACCUAGCUCACCUAGCUCCCCUAGCUCCCCUAGCUCCCCUAGCAAACCUAGCUCACCUAGCUCCCCUAGCUCACCAAGCUCCCCCGGGUUACCUAGCUCUCCUAGCUCACCCAGCUCACCUAGCUCCCCAAGCUCCCCCAGGUCCCCUAGCUCACCUAGCUCACCUAGUUCACCUAGCUCCCCUAGCUCACCAAGCUCCCCUAGCUCCCCUAGCUCCCCUAAUAAACCUAGCUCACCUAGCUCACCUAAAUCAUCAAGCUCACCUAGCUCCCCUAGCUCCCCCAGGUCACCUAGCUCCCCUAGCUCACCAAGCUUACCCAGGUCACCUAGCUCACCUAGCUCACCUAGCUCACCUAGUUCACCUAGCUCCCCUAGCUCCCCUAGCAAACCUAGCUCACCUAGCUCCCCUAGCGCACCUAGCUAG